CCUGGAUCACAUGUGAGAUGGGGGGGCUCAGAGUCUGCAAUGUGCAGUCGCUUCAUGAGAGCCAUUAUUUUCAAUUCAUAAAGAUUGGAAGGGCUUCUAAUGGAUGGAUGGGAUUUCUACAGAUAGAUCGGUUCAGUAAAACUGCACCAUGGUCGACUGCGACUACGAUUAUCUGAUCAAGCUGCUGGCCCUCGGGGACUCAGGUGUGGGAAAGACCACCUUCCUUUACAGGUACACCGAGAGGACGUUCAACAGGAAGUUCACUACCACAGUGGGAAUUGACUUCAGGGAGAAGAGAGUGGUGUACACAGGAACUGGUGCAGAUGGGACCAGUGAGAGAAACUUUAGAGUCCACCUUCAGCUCUGGGACACAGCUGGUCAAGAGAGGUUCCGCAGCCUCACAACAGCUUUUUUCCGAGAUGCAAUGGGCUUCCUGUUGAUGUUCGACUUGACCAAUCAGCAAAGUGUCCUUAACGUUAGGAACUGGAUGAGUCAGCUUCAGGCCAACGCAUACUGUGAUAACCCAGAUGUGGUGCUGGUGGGCACAAAGGCAGACCUCAAAGACACAAGGAAUGUUAACGCCAGACAGGCCAGAGAAUUAGCAGAUAGAUAUGGCGUCCCCUACUUUGAGACGAGUGCUGUGACGGGAGUUAACGUGGAUUUGGCAGUGACCUCCCUGCUGAACCUGGUGAUGGAGAGGAUGGAGCAGAGCACAUACGGGGCCCACGGCUCCGAACCAAACGGCAGCCCCACCACCAGCCAUGAGGCAGAGGAGGCUCCCAUUCGGAGGUGGUGCUCCUGUUAAUGUCCCCAGCACCAGCUUUGUGGGAUGAACAGACCUUAAAAGCCAAACAUAGACUGAUCGACUCUUUUACACUUCUGGUUUGAAGAUCACUACAUUUUGCUGCCAUUUAUUUCUGAUUUUUUUGCAAAAAUAAAGUUUAGUUUAAUUUUGUUUUUUUUCUCUCUGAGACUAUGGUAAUAUCAUGAAACAGAUAUCUUAUCUCUUUAAAAAUGUUAAAAGCACCUAUGAUUUUAAAAUAAGUAAAACUAUCUAUUCAGCGGUGCAAAAUUGAUCAGGCCUAAAAACUUUAACAAAACGAGAACACAUUUUAUAGAAUCUCCUUUAUUUUCUCUUGUUGUGUCAAAAUAAAAUAAACAGCGUUUUGGUCA